GAGGAACUGUAUUAAAGGGUCUCGGCAUUAGGAAGGUUGAGAACCACUGGUUUAGAGGAACAGAAAACAGGGCGGAACUUUAGGAGUUGGGCAGACGGGAAGGAGGACAGCCUGAGAGACGCUGGAUUAAGCAAAGCAAGACUGGAAGACCCAAGGGAGCAGGGCCUCACUAGAGAAUUCCAAGUCCAAGUUCUAAGUCAGGCCUGACGGUGGAGACCCAGGCCCCCCCGAGCUGGGACUCAACUCCUCACACAUGGAGAGGCCAGAAGAAUAAAGGGAACCAGAGACCCUGCACCUUCUCCACACAAUCUGGGGCUUCUUAGCUUUUAUUUUGUUUCACUCUAUUGAAAACUCCAAAAGGUCAGAUGCGAGAAAAACAGGAAGUCAGAAACAAAGGGCUGGAGGAGCUGCUGGAAGGCGGCUGACAGUCUCCUCCCGAGAAGUCCCAUGAUCUUUCUCGAGGGAGCCGUGUUUUCAAGAAGUUUAAUGGUGACUUCUUUGGAACCCAAAUAUAACAGGCUCGAUAUAGGAGAAAUAAGGAGCAUUUAUACAAAGGCAAGUCCCAGCCUGUUGGUUUCUGGACACGGGAGGCAAGUCAAACCUUACUUCCUGCAGCACAAUGACAGAAAUCGGGGUUCCAGGCCUAGAAAUCUGCUUUCCACCAUGAAAUGCCCACCGUCACUAAACAUGCAGACAGAGGCUUAUGCAAGCAUGUGUUAAAUAUGCAAAAUAUGUCCCGCUGGGAAUUUCUCCCCGAUGGGCUCUAACUGGCUAAAACUAUUAUCUCAAUCUGAUAAAGUAUGGACUAAAGACACCAUUUUCAUUCCUGAUAAAUCUGUAGCAGGCGCCAUAGCUGCAGGACUCUCCCAACCACCUUCAAACGGGGCCUCCAGCUUCUCCGUUUCACCAAUUCAGGCCUCCAGAAACGGAGGAUCAGUGGCUGCAGGGGCAGCUCCCCGGGCUCCACUGAGCUGGCCCUCACCCCCAGCUCAGAGCUCCUGGCCCAGCUCGCAGAUGCCAUGGGCAGAAGACCGUGGUCAGGUGGUGGCAGCAUGGAGGCGAGCCUUCCCUGUGUGAUUAGGUUUAGGUUCCCGUCCUAACAGGCACCUGCCUCACCCCCAGGCAAUAUCCCUGAGUCUCUGCCUGGGAGUCACUGAUAAAUCUUUAUUCUCAUUAUUUGCAUUCACUCAGGUCCUUUGAAUGGAGCCACCUGCCAGACUGCAUGUUUGUGCCCUCCCCGCCCCCAUAUGUUGAAACCUGAUCUCCAUCGUGAUACUAGGUGGAGCCUUAGGGAGAUGAUUAGGUCAUGAGGGUGGAGCCCUCAGGAACGGGAUUGUUAUAAAAAGGCCCCAGAGAGCUAGCUCCCUUGCCCUUCACUGAGGACACAGGUGUCAUCGCUGAACCAGGAAGUGGGCUGCACCAGACUCGGAGUCUGCAGGCACCUGUGCUUGGACAUCCAGCCUCCAGAACUGCGGCAUCUCGUCUUAGCCCAGGAACGUGUUGCCGGAGCAGGCAGGGACUCUGGUGGCCCUCACCCGCUCAGCCAGGAGCAGCAGAGCCUCGAGAACACCAGCGCCGGCCCCAGCCCCGGUUCUGAGGUUCCCAGGAGGGUGGCCCUGCCAAGAACAAAAGAUGAGCCUCCCCAGACCCAGGCGGGGCGACCAGCUGCUGUUCCUGGGCAUCAUGGUCCUCGUGGUCCUGGCCAUCUUCCUGCUGUUCUACGCUCUCCUCUGGAAGGCGGGCGACCUCAUCAACCUGCCCAACCUGAGAAUCGGCUUCUACAACUUCUGCCUGUGGAACGAGAGCACGGGCUGCCUGCAGUGCCACCAGUUCCCUGAGCUGGAAGCCCUGGGGCUGCCUCAGGGCGCCCUGGCCCUGGCCAGGCUCGGCGUGUACGGGGCCCUGGUGCUCACCCUCUUUGUCCCGCUGCCUCUGCUCCUGGCCCGCUGCAACAGGAGCGAGGGCGAGUGGCAUCUGGCUGUGUGCUUCCUGGCGAUGGCCUCCAUGCUGCUGGCCGGGGGCCUGGGCCUCUUCCUCACCUACACCUGGAAGUGGGUCACGCCCUCCCUCCUGGGGCCUGGAUUCCUAGCUCUGGCCGCUGCCCAGGCCUUGCUGGUCCUCUUGCUGAUGACCACAGUCAUGCUCCCCCAAAGGGCAGAUGACAAGAGCAAGCUGGAGAGCUGCUAGCCCUGUCCAGAGGCUCCCAGGCUGCUUGAAGGAGGCUCAGACAGGCGCCAGAGGCCUCGUGGGCUGGUGUUUUCGCAGCCACCCUGCUUCAUAGCUAAUACUGAUCUCAAGCUUGAGCAGAUGGGCCCCACUGAGGAGGGGGCACCGGCAUAAAGGAGGCCGGGGCUGUGAGGGUGACUGGGCCCUGGGCUUCUUAGUGUUGGCUUGUCUGUCCUUUGGGACUGCUAACACCACGUAGCUCCUUGUCACGAGAAUUCCUGCUUUCAUUGACUGAUCUGAGCAAACCAUUCUUCAUUCUCAGGAUGGUGGCCAGAGAAGGGUUCCUGUCCCAGGGCCAGAUUUCCAGGAUGAUUGGCCAAAGGCCAAACUGAGACGCAGGCAAGGUUCAUGGCGACAAACGGGGAACACUUAGAGCACCUCAGUGUCCCCGGGGCCCUGGUUAGCAAGCUUCCCCCUUUCUCACCCCUCCCCAUGACACCACUCCCAAAGGCACAGGGGAGAUCUCAGAGGGAGUCCCUCAAGUUCCCCUGGGCUGCUGGACUCCAAGCCGGACAGCAGGGGAGUGAGGUAGCACGCCAUUCCUAACAUGGGACCUGGGCGUCCGAGAGCACAGCAUGCCGAAUCCUGGGGGCGGGGAGGGUGAACAGGACUGAAUGGUUCCACAAACGCUGCGUCCCUUCACUGCUCAAGCUAGACCUAAAAAGGAUACAAGCACCACUUGUGCGGGGGGAAUUUACUUUUCAGCACUGUAUACUGAAAAACUGUAUAACCAUGGUUGCCUCACUCUGCCUGCCAAAAGCCACACUGACUACAGAGGCAAUGUGGACUCGGCCCUGACCUCUUGUCCUUAGCGUCCACUUUGGGAGCCUGUCCCACUCACACUUUCAGAGUGGCCAGGGAUCAAAGCCAAGGCUGCCAAGUAUAAGGAAGGGGACAGCUCGGGAGAGGAGGCCUGUCUGAUGGGUAGAAGGCUUGGACCAAAGGUACCCCGGGAGCGCUAAGCUCCCAGACAGAGCAGAGCACUGUGGGCAAAAUGUCUUCAGGGCUAAGAGGGCGGCUCAGGGAUUGCCUGGCUGCCUGUGAGGGAAACUAAAUUGGGCUUCCUCCUCACGGAGAGAUGGUGCUGCCUAAACUGGACAAUUCUGGUGUAUUUAGCAGCCAUACUUUUUUCUGUUUGAAAGUUAUUAAAUUGAUUCUUUGGUGCCAA